GUCUCAGAAUUCUGGAUCGUUUUCAUGGCAAAUAUUUCAUCAGUGAUAAAAACAAUGAAGAUCAAUAUUGACAGCUGUUUUUGUUUUGGUCAAUCGAACUGUCCAGGAAAAAAAACAAUAUUUAUUUCCUAUCCAUGAACCUCCAUGGACCAGAAAUACAAACAUCACAAUCGUUGUUUAAUGCUGUGACUCGAAGUAAUCAAUCUUUAUUUGAAACGAAUUUUAACGUGCGACGAAACCCGGCAAGAUUGGGUUACGUAGGCAUUGUGGAGAUGGUAGAGAAGGAACCGACUGCACCGGGUUUCGAUUGCUUUCCGAUCGUUUGGAUUUCUUGAGGUUUAACCUCAGUUAGGGCGAACCAUCAUCUUGACCUUGACCAGCGGCUUGCAUGUUCGUCUGCAUCACCUUUAAUGCAGUGAUUGCCUGAUUUCCUACCACCUGAGUUGACAGUUUCCGUAGUAAACGAUGGUCUACAAACGACGGUUUCUGCUGGUGGAUAAGCUAUGGUUCACCUUCGCCGGGUAUCGAUUGCUUGCGGACGUUUACAAAACGGUGAACAUUUUGCGGUUGGAUCAGAAUGUGUCGGAACGGAGACGAGAAGGCCGACACGACCGAUAUGUGUAUGUGUUUUUUUUUAUUACUGCUUCAUUUAACGACUUCUCCUUUUGCGAUUGCAGAUUACUGACAAUAAAGUACAUGUUGGUAUUCCUCACAUUGUUCAUUUCGAUCGAGUCGUCGAUCGUUUGGUAGUUAUUUCUUCUUUUUAUUUCAAACUUACUUACAAAAAAACGUAUUGGUUGCAUUCGUUUUUGGGAACAAAUGUUUGAACAGUUGCUACAAAAUACACACAAACAAAUGUGUCUGCCCGUCGAUGUAUCGUCUGGACGGGAGAGUUUUCCAUACAGCUUCAAUGUUUUGUUCAGCAAAGUAGCGAGUGGAUUGGUUUUACAAUAUGUUUUUCACUAAUCCAUUUUUGAUACUUUUCAUUGCGAAGUGGGCACUCUCCGGUCCGGUGCCGGACUUUGGACUUCCUGGAGCAGUGCCGGGCAGUGCGCAAGUGAUCGACAUUUCCAAUCAAACGAGCUCACUGCUACAAACGGCCACGCAUCGUUUAAACAUCUCAUUGACCAACUAUACGAAACUUCAAACUACUUUGCUUCAGCUGGGAACGUUAGCCAAAUUCACCGCCAGCAUUGAUCGGUCGGUCGUUGUACCAUUGCUUGCUUUGGCUCGCGACACUUCGGGUGAUAUAGGCGAUAGUUUCAAAGCGGUCGUCGAUGGAAUUACCACGACACAGGACUACAUUCACAGCACACUUCCGGUGGAGCUAAAGAGUUUGGAAAUAUUGAUCAACCAUUACGUGCCGGAUCGGCUCAACGAUGGUUUCGGAUGUGUUCGCAGUGGGUUGAAUCAAUUGACCGCGACUGUGGCAUCACUUCAAACUGCUAUAAUGGCGUCGGUAAAGGAAGCAGGUACGAUCAGUGUGCCAAUGAAUGUUCUUAGGAAGUAUGUAAACUUGAAAACGGUCUAUGAUGUUGCUAGUGCCGUUAGUGCGAUGAAUAUUUGUAUUCCAUCGAUUAUCGAAUCAAUCAACAGUACUAUCGAGAGGAUAAAAACAGCGGAUGAUUUUAUUCUCCGCAUAAAUAGCAAGUUGUCUCAAUUGAAGGUAUGAUUGAAAUGAAGUUUUAAUACAUAUUUCAUGUUCGAAACGUUCAAUAAAAUAACGUUUGACUUAUCUUGUUAGUGGAGCGCCGAUUAUCCGGGUACCUUUUAUCCGGCUGUUCCAUUAUCCGUGCAGCUCGGAAAUGACAGUUCCGAAAGAGGAUUGACAUAAGAAAUGCAAAACCGAUGAUGGCAAGAAAUAAUGCUCUAAUUCGAAAAAAAGAACAUAUUUACUUUGCAAAGUGUAAAUAAGAAAAUUAACAUCU